AUGUCGAUUGGUGAAGAUUCUGAAGAAUCAUUAACAUCAUUAACAGAUGAUGAACAAUCAACUGUAAUUAAUGUUGAUGAAAAUGAUGAUGAUGAUGAUGAACGUCGUCUUUAUUAUGAACAAAAUAGUGAUCGAGAUUUUAUUCCAUUUUCAGCUCGUGGAGCACCACCAGAUGAAUUACAAGCAACUCAUGUUAAUCAUUAUCAUGAUUUAGAUCGUCUUACAAUUGGAAAUCGAGAUGUAUCUAUAACACGUCCAUCACAAACUUGGCUUACACAAUAUGGUCUUAUAGCCAAUGGUCUUACAUUAAAAGAUUUAUUAACUAAAGGUAAAGUAUCUUUACCAACAGCUGAUAAAACAGGUCGAGCUAUUCAACAUAUUAGUUUUGAUUCAUUAACAAUCAAUGAUUUUGAAUGUCGUUUACAUGCAACAGUUGAAACACUUUCCAAUCGUAUUCGUUGGUUAUUACAAGAUAGUCGAAAAAUUUUUGGUGUUGUUCAAGGUGCACGUGUACUUGUUAUAUUAGAUUUUAGUUAUGGACAAGCAAGUUUUGGACGUGGAGAAGAAUAUCAUAAAAAUUUAUUAGCAUUAAUUAAUGAACAAUUAGUUCAUAAAGAUCAAAUAGGUUUUAUAUCUUAUGGAACAGAAGUUGAUGCUUUAUGGAAAGGUGUACGUGAUGUUAAUUCACGUGCACUUGAUGAAACACGUGCUUGGUUAGCUAGUUUAAAAUCUUCAUUUGGUUGUAGUGAUGAAAAUUGUGCACAUAUUGAUAGUUCAUGUCCAAAUAAUAAAAAUAAAUGUGCAUUUAAAGCUAGUAGUGGAAGUAAUCUAUUAAAAGCUUUACGUCGUGCAUCAUUAAUGUCGGAUUUCGAUACACUUUUACUUGUUGUUGGAAGUUUACCUGAUCAAAAUAUUGAUGUUAUUGCUGAUUAUACAUCACAAUUAUUUUGUGGAGAAGAUAUACCACGUAUACAUGCUGUUUCGUAUGAUUGUAGUCAUCAUCUUGUUAAUGCAUUACUUAAAACAAUGACUGCAUCUGCUAGUACAUUUGCGACAUUAGCAGCAGCACGUAAUCGUCAAGAACCACAAUCAACAGCACUUGUUCCACAUAAUCCACUCAGUUCAUUACAAAAUUUAACAAAUGAUAUUCCAGAAAUAAUCAAACAUACUUAUCAUUGUUAUUCACAUGAUGAACCACAUCAAAUAUAUAAUAGUACAGAUAUUCGUCUACUUGUACGUGAAAUUCAACGUGCUUAUGAACUUUUAUCACGUAUUAAUGAAAUGCGUCAUGGUGCACUUGGUUCAGCAAUUAUAUCCAUUGAAAAUGAAUUAAAUAUUGAAAUGGCACAUUAUCCACAAUCAAAAUUUCUACCACGUCCACCUAAUCAUGAAGGACCAUUACGUUUUUCUCAACAAUUUAUUGAUCAAUCACCAAUUAUCUAUGCACGACAGCCACGUGUUUCAUCAGCUACAAUGACUGAACGAGCAGCAUCGGCUCGAUCACAUGGAAGACAAUCCAGUGUUCGUUUUAAUGAGAAUGUUAGUAUUGCUGGUCGUUCAGCUGCACCAUCACACAAAUCAAUGAAUUCUGCCAGAAGUCGAGAUACAAGUGUUGGCAGACAACAACAACAAGAACAAUCAUCAGCUGUCCUAUCCAGUAAUAAUCCUGCUGUUUAUCGUACAUCAGCUGAUUGGCUUCGUCAACAUGGUUUAUUUGCUAGAAAACUAACAUUAUUUCAAAUUCUUGGUCCAAAUGCUUAUUCUGCACGUGAAGAUUAUAUUCCAAUUCUUCGUAAAACAGUUACAUCACAAAUACUUGGAAAAUCUAUGAUUCAAGUUGAUUGGCAUGAUGGUUCAACAAAAAAUAUUCAUGUUGAUUUAGCUGGUUUAUAUGAUUAUCAAAAACGUUUAAAAAAAAUCGUUGAAUUAUAUGAACAACGUAUGGAAUGGUUAUGUUCAUCAUCACGUAAAAUCUUUGGUAAUAUUGUCGAAAAUAAUAUUAUUAUACUUGUCGAUUGUUCACAAUCAAAUCAAGAUUAUAUUAUACAUAUACAACAUUCAUUAAGAUUAUUACUUGAACAACAAUUAUUUGGUAGAAGAUUUUUUAAUAUUAUUGCAUUUGGUACAAAUCAUAAAGAUGGUUUGUUAAGAUUUAAACCAACAAUGGUACAACCAACUAUUGAAAAUCUUCAACAUGCUUGGCAAUGGGUAUUACGAUUAAGUUGUGGUGGUACUCGUAAUCUUCUUCAUGCUUUACGUACUAUUUAUGAAAAUGAAGAAGAACGUAAACAUCAUUUACAUCCUGAAGGAAUCUAUUUAUUAACAAGUGGUAUACCAGAUCAAUCUCUUGAUGUAUGUUGUGCAUAUGUUGAAGAAUGUAAUGUUGGUCGAUCGAUAUAUUUACAUACAAUAUUAUUUAAUAUUGAUGAUUAUUAUUUAUCUGAACAUGGUAUACAAAAUAAUCUAUCAAUGACUGUUAAUGGUCGAUGGGCAAAUGCAACGAAAACAGCCGAAUUUAUGCGUUCAUUAGCUAAACAUUCAGGUGGAAGAUUUUUAUGGUUUCGUGAGACAGGAAUCAUUGAAAGUGAUGAUAUUAAAUUAUUACAAAAUGAAAUUGAAAAAGCUUGCCAAUUUUCUGAACAAGCUGCAAAUCUUGUUGAAUUAAUUAAAUCGAAACGACGUGUACGUGAACCUGUGAAUACCAAUAAAAAACCUAUACCUAUUGAAAAUACAGAAAAAACUUCCGGACCAUUAGUUGUUCGUCAAACAUUGUUAAGUGCUGCUAGACAACAUAUGAAUGAAUCAAAUAAUAAUACAGAUGAUCAACAUUGGAGACCAACGAGUACAACUAGUAAUAGAAAUCUUAUACCUGAAUGGCCUGAGGAUAAAAUUCAUCAAGAUUCAAUACGUUCAAGAAAAAAGAAAGAAGCAUCACUUAAACAAGAAUCCUUCUAUAUCGAUGGUCAACAUAAUACAAAAAUAUCAGUUCUUAAAAAUGAUUCAUCAAAAGGAAAAAAAUCUGUCAGAAAAUAUGCACCUGGCAAUGUAUUACUUAUACCAACUGAAGAUGAAAAUGAAGCAUCACAUGCAUGGUUAAGAAAACAUUCACUUAUUCGAUUAAAACUUGAUCUUCAUAAAAUGGUAUCGGGACCAGAAUGUCGUCAUGAUACUAUUACUGUUCCAAAUUUAAAAUCAACAUCUUCAGCUCGUUAUUGUUCUGUAUUUCCUUCAAUUAAUAUCAAAGGUAGUAUUCGUCAUUUACAAUUACGUCCACGAGAAUUAGAUGAUUAUCGUCAACGAUGUGAAUCUGUUUUACGUCGUUAUUUUAAACGUAUGCAAUGGUUAUUAAAUGGAAGUCGUUUAACAUUUUCAACAAUUACACAUAGAAAUAUUCUUAUACUUGUUGAUACAAGUGGUUCUAUGGAACCAUAUUUAGAUUUUUUAAAAAAAGAAUUAGUUACACUCGUAUGGGAACAAAUCUUUGCUAAUCAAAUUCAAUUUAAUUUUAUUCAAUUUAAUGAUAAUUAUCAAUUAUGGCGUGAACAUCUUGUUCUACCAACUGAAGAUAAUUGUCAUGAAGCUAUUGCAUGGAUAAGUACAUUAAAAGCGAAUGGUAAUACAUGUAGUGAACGUGUGUUAAAAUUUGCAUUUGAUUUUCAUCAUACAAAACAACCAAUUGAUGGUAUUUAUUAUGUAAGUGAUGGUAAACCUGAUCAUAGUACAAGUUAUUUAUUAGAACAAGUACGUUUAAUGAAUACAAUUGAUUCAAAUAUAGUUGAUACAAAACGUAUAUCAAUAAAUACAAUAUCAUUUUGUUGUCAAGAUGUUGAUGCAAAUCAUUUCUUAAAAAGUUUAGCACAUGAUAAUAAUGGACGUUAUCAUCGUUCAACAAAUAAUUCACGUGAUUUACAUUUAUUUAUGCAUCGUUUACAACAAGAUAAAACAUAUGAUUUAGAACUUGAUGAUAGUUUAUUACCAGAACUUGAUAGUGAUGAUUUAAAAUAUUUAUUAAAAGAAAUUGUUAAAGCAAGACUAUAUUUAAAACAAGCGAUUACAUUUCGUUCACUUUACAAUCAACAACAAGAUUCAGCAAAAGAAACAACGACAAAUAGAGGAGGACAACAACAACAACAACAACAACAACAUGAUGAUAGUGUUCUUGUUGGACCAGCUCGUGUACCUAUGUCAGAAGCAUGGUUUAAUAAUAAAACAACAACAACAACAAGUUCAUACUCAUAA